UAAGUGUUGUUAAAGUAUCGGCUAUUAAAAAUCUUGAUAACGGUAAAAUGAUUCCAAAUGUUAUCGAGCCGUUUAAUGUAGAUAUAAUUAAAGUUUCGAUUAAGGAUAAGCCAACAUUGUAUGAUCCAAAGAGCGAGGAAAGCUUAAAAAUAGUUUUGAAAGCAUUAAAACAAUAUUCAGCGCAGGAACGAAAGAUACGAGAAGUAGGGACUCGAAUCAAUGAGAGAAUAUCAAAAAGAAGACUUCGCCAUUACUUUGACAAUUGGUAUAAUUAUUUUACGACGAAGCAGAAGGUUAUCGAAUACACAAAAAACGAAAAGAAAAUUUCAAACGAAAGCAGAAUCGACAUGCUUGUUAAUGCAUUGGCGGAAAGUCAAAAGAAACGUGACGUAGAUCAGGAAAAAGCGAAAAAUCAUAAGCAUAAAACAGAGAUAAAAAGUGCUCCGCAACAAUUAAAAAAUACCCAGGAAAGCAAGCAAAAACGCGCAAUCGGUAGAGAUGUUAAAAGUGAAGAGAUCCAUAAAACACCAAUGCACAAUAGACUCAAAGCGCAAAAACUGAUUAUCGAAGAACAAAGGGCAAAAUUAGCGAAGCAGACUAAAUUUAUCGAAGAGAUGAAACUACUUGAAAUCAAGAAGGCAGCGAAACAAACUACCGUGCAAAAUAUCAAUGUUGCCAAACAAGUGUUGAAUCAUUGUGAUCAGAAAACUAAAAGGAGUCUGAUUCAUUUAAUGAAAGAACAAGGAUGCAGGGAUAAAUCUAUAAUUGGGGUACCGGAAAUUCCCAGUCCACCGAGAUUUUUUAUCAGAAUGGCAGAGCGUACCGAAGCAAGGAAGCAGCGGAUAAAACUAGCUAGUGAAAUUCGUGAGCGCAAGCGAGAAGAACAGAAGAGGAGAGAAGAAAUUAGUCGACAAGUAGCCGAAGAAAGACAAAGACAAGAGCAGAUUCAAGCAUUAAAGGAAGCUAAGAGAAUUCGGAAAGAAAAAGAAGAUCAUCGCUUAAAAGGGAUCCAGAAAAACAAAAGAUUGGAAUUCCUUGCGGAUCAAUUUUAUAAAAAGUAUUUAUUUAAAAGAUACAUUGUGAAGCCUUUGAAUAUUGUGAUUGAAGAGCAAAAGCAGCGUUUAAAAUGGGCUUAUCGACACUAUGAAGUUACAUUGCUGGCAAAAGUCUUAACUGCUUGGAAAAACGAAUGGAUUGAUCAACAAAAUGAUAAAUUACAAUUGGCUAAAAUGUUUUAUCGGCAUAAUUUAUUGUGGGAUGUUUUUGGCAAUUGGCGAUCGUUAGCUUUAGAUACGAAACAAAAAUAUCAAGUUGCUUUAGAUUUCUAUGAUAUGAAGUUACAAACAAAGUGCAUAAAAGCCUGGUAUUUAUUAUACGCGAAUAUAAAUAUUGUAAUACACGAAAAAGAAGUACAAGCUGUUAAGCAUUAUGUGAGGUAUUUAAAAAGAAUUUGUUUUAAUAUAUGGAAAAAGUAUAUGCUGAUAGCUGUUGAUAUAGAGGAUAGAGAAAAAAGGAGGGACGAAUGGAGAAAAUUGAUAAAAAAAUUUAUUCCUCAAUCGCCUAAACAAAGAAAUAUUUCAUUACACUUUUAG